UUAAAAUAAUCCGACCGUCCAAACUAAACACCAGAAUCUUCUUGCCGAGACAGCUCCUCCUAUACAUAUAUUUUCUAGUCGAUCCUGGCAGGUUCCGUGGAUCAUGCUCGUGUAACGUUCAGCAUUUGGUCAUGGCGAAGAAGUACUAUCCAACCGUGAGCGAAGAGUAUCAAAAAUCAGUGCAGAAAUGUAAGAGAAAGCUUCGUGGACUUAUUGCCGAGAAGCACUGUGCCCCCAUCAUCCUCCGUCUAGCAUGGCACUCAGCUGGAACAUUUGAUGUGGACACCAAGACAGGAGGGCCUUUCGGGACGAUCAGGCAUCCGGAUGAGCUUGCCCACGAAGCCAACAACGGUCUUGACAUAGCUGUUAGGCUUUUGGAGCCCAUUAAGGAGCAGUUUCCCACUUUGUCUUACGCAGAUUUCUACCAGCUGGCUGGAGUUGUUGCUGUUGAAGUGACAGGAGGGCCUGAGAUUCCUUUCCACCCUGGGAGACCGGACAAAAAUGAACCACCUCCAGAGGGUCGCUUGCCACAGGCCACGAAAAGUUCGGAUCAUCUGAGAGAUGUGUUUGGGCACAUGGGUCUUAGUGAUAAAGACAUUGUUGCUUUAUCUGGUGGUCAUACACUGGGCAGGUGCCAUGAGGAGCGCUCUGGCUUUGAGGGACCCUGGACCCCCAAUCCUCUCAUUUUUGAUAACUCCUAUUUCAAGGAACUUGUCAGUGGAGAGAAAGAAGGUCUGAUACAGUUGCCAACCGACAAAGCACUUUUGGAAGAUCCUGGCUUUCGCCCUCUUGUUGAGAAAUAUGCAGUAGAUGAGGAUGCCUUCUUUGCUGACUAUGCCGAAUCUCAUUUGAAGCUUUCAGAGCUUGGAUUCGCGGAUGCUGAGUAGGAGACUGGCAAAAGCAUCAUGAUCAUGCUGAUGUCUGGCGUCUGGUUUUGUCAUGUUAAUUUUCAGACAAGAUAAUGCCAUCGUUUAUGAGUCCUUGCUGUUUGGAUAAACAUGUUGCUGUAAAAUUUUGUGUUGUGUUGCAGUUAUGGGUUUGCCUGUUUAAAGAAUUACUCGUAAACACUAGAAUGAUGUAUUUAAUAAGCAUUUGGGAUCAGGAAUCGUCUGUGUUUGAUGUAUGUUUAAUGGGAAAAGAA